CGAUAUACUAGAUUUAUCGUACAUAACUCUGCUUUUUGUGUGCUAUUUUAGGUAUAUAAUAACUCUGCUUUGUGUGUGCUAUCUUGUGUGUGGGCUUCCGUGUGUGUGUUUGUGUGUUUGUAUGUUUAUGCACACUGCUGGAGUGUUGAUUGUUUGCCCUGUGCUGUUGGCAGUAUCUCUCACUCUGCUUUGUGUGCUAUGUAUAGUACAUAACUCUGCUUUUUGUGUGCUAUUUAUAGUCCAUAACUCUGCCCUUUCUGUGCUAUUUAUAGUACAUAACUCUGCCUUUUGUGUUGCUAUUUAUAGUAUGUAACUACGUUUUGUGUGUGCUAUUUAUAGUACGUAACUAUGCUUUCUGUGUCGCAGAGGCAUGUCACCGUACCAGCCAGAGCACUUCAUCAUAGGCCCGAAGUACCUUGAUUAGGGGAAUCAUACUAAAACAAAUGAAAGUAUACCUUAGUGGGGGUUAUGGCUAUUGUCUAUGGUCACAUCCAUUCUACAGCUCUACUACGGGCUUCACUAUCUCUGGUUCCAUGGAGGUCUGAGGAAUCUGAUUUAAAUCCCCCUUCUCCCUCUCUCUCUCUCUCUCUCUCUCUCUCUCUCUCUCUCUCUCUCUCUCUCUCUCCCCUGACCUAAAAUUAACUCGCUUUCUCUGUUCCUUACCCCCCCCCUCCUCUGUUCCUUACCCCCCCCCUCCUCCCCUUCUCGCUCUCUCUUCUUGACAGAGAAAAGUCGCUCGGUUGGUUGUCGCGCAGCUGAAGGCCUUUUUGUUGCUGUUUCUUUUUAGUGGGGGGAGGUGGGGGAGGGAGUUUAUUUCAGGAUGGGCGUGCCAUUCUCUUGGAGCAUCAUGUGGUGUAUACCACAUGGGGCUGUUGAGGUCUCCAAGCUGGCUUGGCUGUCUGGCCGAUGCCAUGGUUGCCUGUCCUUCCCUUUCUUCCCUCCCUCCCCUGCGCAGUCUGCUGUCAGCACUAGCAUGCCAGCAUGAUUGAUAUGUAGGCUCUUGUGUCAUCUACUGCACGCCAUCGUUAGGGAUCUUGACUGUUUUGUCUAUGGGAUAGGCAUAUAGGGACGCUCUAGACGCAGGCUUUCAUAGUUUGUGCUUUUGCCCGUCUCUUAUGCACUUCCGUAAAACACAACGCACAAAUGCUAUGAUAUAAGAUCAUCUGUUGUUUGCGUUUCUUUCGGCUUUGCUUUUGGUACUGUCAGGCGGUUCGUGGUCUUCUGACUUUUGCCUUGGGGUUGUUGCAUAGCCAGUGCAUGAACCUAGUCAUGAAUCUAGUCAUGAACCUAGUCAUGAACUUAGUCAUGAACCUAGUCAUUAAUCUAGUCGUGUGGGGAUCAAUAGACCAACUGAACUUUACUCGCCUAACUUAUAUGUGUGCUACACAUGCAUGCUGUCGUUGCAUAGCCAGUGCAUGAACCUAGUCAUGAACCUAGUCAUGAGCCUAGUCAUGAACCUGGUCAUGAACCUGGUCAUGAACCUAGCUUACAUGUGUGCUAUGUACGCACACAUGCUUUGGUUGCGACAUCGCCUUCUGCUCCUGUGGGGAGGUAAGCUCUCGGUGCGCAACCCACUGACCAAAUUCGUUCGCCCUGUUGUGUUUUCGCAAGUGGCUGCUCGAUUACGAGCAUGGCAUCUGUUUGAUGUACUAGUAAUCAAGCUCGAUUACUAGUACUUCACCUGCGUUGAUCGAUCGGAUUUAAUCAGGAUUUCGUGAUGCGUUUCUUUUUUCACAAUUGUGCCAACAGGGGAAUCGUACACCUUUUACACGUACACUUUCACAUCUUACGUAUGCUUGUAACGGUGUACAUGUCCAAUCAAUUUGGAAUUUUACUCGCCGAUUGACUGGUUGUAUUCUUCGGAUAUGAUUGCGAUUAAGAUCACCAUGUUCUCUUCUCUCCUCCUUUCCAAACUGCAACUUCGACUUAUCAUGACGAAUGACCACAUAAUUGUCCUCGUCAUUGUCUGGUGCUGCUGCUGCCUCUGUCUGUGGCCCCCCCCCCCCACCUCUCUCUCUCUCUCUCUGUGCGCCUCAAAAACACACCAGAUUUCUGCUGUUAAACUGUGGAGGAUCUCAUAUCCUACCAGCUUCACCCGAAUAGAACGCCCGGUCACUAUCGCUGCAUCUGGACAGAAAAUGCCCCCAAAUACGGCUAUAAUGACCGGGCGUAAUAAUCGGGUAAAGACGGUAGUUUAAGGGGCAGAUACGAUUGCUAUGGCGUUGAGUGGUGAACAUUCUCAUGCGUGGGUUGGCGGUAGAGAGAGGGAGGGAGAGAGGAAGGGAGGGAGGGAGAGAGGGAAGGUAGGAGCGUGGAGGUGUCCGGUGGAUUGCUCAUGUUUAUGGGCUUGAGGGAGAGAGAAAGGGCGGAGCUGCUUGUCCUGCCCAAAAUGCACCAAAGGCGCUGGCCGUUUAUCAUACCAGAGCAAGGCAGAAAAGAAAUCCAUCAUGGUGGGAGAGAAGCAACGAUUGCCCUUAUGAGAGAUCAGAGGACAAUAUAUCAAGCGGAGACGGAAGGACGUUGAUCAUCUGCCAGAGAGAAGACGACCAUUGUGAUGUGCAGCCGGUGUUCGGUUGGUCUCAAGUGAAGGUCAUCUAAAUACCUGCUCAGGAGGAAUCAGUGAGGUGACUUCUCAAGCUCUGAUUUUGAAAUUAAUUGAAGAAUGAUCCUCCUUUUCGUUUUUCAGAAAUGAGAUGAAGGAAUCCUUUUCAAAGG